UUGGCGGUUCAUCCAAGCGCCCAAGACGCACAGACGGAGUUGCACAAUCAGCGCUCCAAAAAGCAGAAAAACCUCAGCGCUCCUUCAGUUCUGCCAUCCAACAGUAACUGCAAGUGGAUAUUAUCUGCACCUCGAAAGACUUUUGUUGAUUUGUUUUUUGUGUGUGCGUUUUACUCGUAGAGACCGUUUGAAGAGAUCGGAUUUUGUGGAACUUGUUUUAAAAUAAACAUCUUUUUUCACUUGUAAAGACAUGCAUCGGUGCUCAGCGGUGCUACUUUUGUUAGUGGUUGCCUUGUGCUUCCUGAGCGCAGAAGCCUACAAGUGCAGAUGCACCAGAAAAGGACCGAAGAUCAGAUACAAGGAUGUACAGAAGCUGGAGAUCAAACCCAAACACCCGUACUGCCAAGAGAAGAUGAUAUUUGUGACCAUGGAGAAUGUGGCUCGGUUUAAAGGGCAGGAGUAUUGUCUUCAUCCCAAACUUCAGAGCACCAAGAAUCUGGUCAAAUGGUUCCGCAUCUGGAAGGACAAGCACAGGGUGUACGAAGCCUAAAACCUCGGCUAACCAGCACACAUGGAUCAAGUGAGACAACAAAAAGACAACAAUACCACCAGAACUGUUUUUACGAAGUGCAAGAUGUAAUCUACAAUCAAAUUGUACUUCCUCCACUUCUGCCUGAGAUCUGUCAAGCACAUUAAGAGAUAUCUUUAGUUUGUAUGUAAGCUGGUGGGCUCGUUUUAGCUGGCUAUCAAUCUAGUUGCGGUCACUCACCGCUCCAGUCUUUACAGCUGUAGUUGCACUUGUCAAAUAGUGGAUGAAAUGCCAUCAUCUGUGGUCAAACGGUUUGUUCAGUUAUUACUUAAAGGAAUUUCUCUUUUGCUUUGGCUUUUAAGCUUCUUUCAAAACGAAGAAUAUGUAAGAAUGUGUUAUUCUGAAGGAACAGGCAAACCUUCCUAUGAAAAUUACAGUGUGGGUGUUUCAAUUGUUAAGAUUUUGACUACUCUGUAUUCAAUAUGACAGGUGGGAUGUUAGUACACUGCCAAUAUUUAGGAUCCAGUUAACUGUCUUUAAGAGUUUGUAGUCGAAAUGCAGCGAUAAAGGUUCUCAACGAAUCUGAUUCCUUGUGUUUAAAGAGGAGAGGCAGUCAGUGUGUUGUUACAUACAAUACAGAAGUUGCUAUUGUUCAGUCAGAUAAAGGAGAUCUACCACUAUGUGUGUGUUUACCAUGUCCAUGCUAGUCAUAUGUGUAAAACAAACACACUACUCCACAGCACUACUUUGUAAAAUAGUAUCUAAUUAACCAGCAGGCUGUAGUUCCAAUAGAUAUAAAAGUAUACAUAUGUGUGCCAUUGCUACAUGUAGUACAGUCUGUGGAUUGGAGUUCAUUAAAAAAAAAGAUUAUUAAACAUACUUAGAAAGAAAAGACCGUCGGCAGUUUACAUCAACAAAGGAUCUGUUGUAUAUUUUCACUGGUUAAAAGAUUUUUUAAUUCCACCUCUUGAAUUGUAUGAAGCAAAGGAAAGCAAAUGUGUAAUGAAGCAAUAUCUCAUACAAACUGCCUACAUAACCACUCAAUUUAGCCACACAUGAAAGCAACCUUUAAGGAAAAGACUGGCGAUAUUCUAGUUUUUCGUCAAUGUUUACCAAUGUCCCAUGAAAAUAUCCAAAUCAACAAUGCGUUACUCCGUCUCUCAGUGCUUUCCAGUCUGUCACCCUGUCUGUGGCACUCAGCCCGAUGCACAUUCAUUUCUACUGAAGAUGUAAAUUUUUGAAAACAGGUCAAGAAUAAAUGCUUUCAUUUAAUAAGAAUGUUAAAUAACUAAAUAAAUAGCUAAAUAACAGCUGGGCACUGUAGUUUUUGGCAAACGUCACUCAAACAGGAGCAAAUGGUGCAUUUGUUGGGGACUAUUAUCAGCUGUGGAUUAACACACAUUUGGUGCUCUGCUGAGUAUUAACUGCAGUACGGUGAUCCAAAUAAUCUACAGUGACCAUGUUUAUGGUAAUAAAGAACCAUAUCACCCAGUGCAACAGUGUGGCUCAUUGAUGUGUUUUAAUGGAGCUCAACAGUGCAGAUGAAUAAGAUAAUAUUUGUUAGAAUAAGAAAACAAUGGACAAUAAGAAAAAUACAGAAUAUUGUCAAACUUAUCUUUUUAAAUGGGCUAUGGACUGUGUUAUGUUGAUAUGAAAAUAAGCAUGGAUCGUUUCAUGAGAUUUCAACUUCAGUAUCCUGAAUCAUUCUUACGGUCCAUGUACAAAACAUGCACUCAUUAAUUACAUUACAGCUUAAAAUAUAUGGCAGGCAUUUCAUUUGUACUGCUAAUGAUCAUUUCACUCUCUUGUAUGUCCUACAUGGGUGUUGAUACUCUGCUCUUUCUUAUCUCUCCUCCAGUAGAUCUCCUGAACAAUACUGUCAACAAUAUUAUUACAUUGUAUGCUGUGGAUACACUUUGUAACAUUGACUAUUGGGGGUUGUUUUGUUGCCACCAAACAGACUUCACACACAAAUAUAUCUGCAUAUAUACAAAAAUAUCACAUUUUCGUUACCUUUUGAAGAAUGUGCAUAACUGUUGUUUUAUAUCUUAUAUAUAAAUAUAUAUAAAGAAGCACUUUGUAAAUGGACCAGUAUAGCCUAUAUGUUAGUGAGAAGGAAUCCACCUUAAGACUUUGUAGUGUCAUGUAUAUUGUAUUACUGCAUUAUAGUUGUUUUUUCUAUUUAAAUCUUGGUUUGGUAACAGAUAUUUGGGAGGUUGAGUGGACCGGCCCACCAAACACACAGUUAAACAUUCCAUUGAGUGUAAAACAAUAAACACAGCAAUAAAGUGUC